UGAAUUUGUUGCGUGUACUUUGUUAAGGAUUUGAUAUUAAAGACUAUCCAGGACCUAGCCUGAUGGUUACAGUUUUCCCAAUGCCGUACUACUUGACCGAUCCUGAGAAUCUCGUCAUGUUGAAGGGUUAUGCGGAAAAGGCACUUAAGAAAUACAAUGAUACUAAUAGCACCUGUUGGGAGGUUGAUGAUAUUUUGAAGGUGAAUGGAGGGGGCUGUCGUAGCUUCAUUUUCUAUAUUACCCUUUCGGUCAAGACACAUAAAGGGGAAAAAGACUAUUUUCAAGCUAAGGUGGUGAUAGAUUUAGAUGGUCAUUUGGACUUUCCUAUCGUCAGGCCCCAGAUUUUGAUACUGGCUCGGGUUGAUCGAGAUUUUGCUAUUGGUCCGUUGUCCGGAGACUCAAGGUAGAUCUGUUGGCGUUCACAGACCUUGAAGUCCCUAUCUAUCUUUUCUAUUCUACUGUUUCAUUCAUUCAGACAGUUGUAUUUCUUUCUGACUAUUACUUGUAGCAAAUUCUAGAAUACUCAUAAAUUGUGACUCUA